AAGUCAAGGAUGUCAUAGCAAGGGAGGAGGGUCUACAGGACAGCUAGUUUUACAGAGGAAAACUCAAAUCAAGCACCAAAGCACACAGCAAGAGGGAGGGAGAACAGGAAGGCAUUCCUCCGUGGCGCUGAGCUCUCAGAACAGUGAAGCUGUGCUUGGCAGUACCUCAGAGGCUGGAGAUUCCAGGUCACUAUGGCCAUGCCAGAAAAGUCAAGCGGUGCCAACCCAUCUGAGGACUGCAGCAAUUUCCCUGAGAUUAUUGAACUCAAUGUGGGUGGCCAGGUGUACAUAACUCGCUACCCCACUCUCAUCAGUAUUCCUGGUUCCCGGCUCUGGGAAAUGUUCAGUGUAAAGAACCCUUGCUCACUGAUCCAGGACAACAAAGGGAGAUUCUUCAUAGAUCGAGAUGGCUUUCUCUUUCGUUAUGUCCUAGACUACAUGAGAGACCUGCAAGUGGUGCUUCCUGACCACUUCCCAGAGUGUGGCCGGCUCCACAGAGAAGCAGAAUACUUUAAGUUGCCAGAACUUGCCAAGAUGUUGGCUCUUAAAAUGAACAACCUCAACUCAGUUGUCAAUGACUCGUGUCAAAUUGAUGUAGAUGAGCUUUCCCCCAGCAUUGACGCCACUUUUAAUUUCUCUUCAGCUAAUAGCAUCCAUGUUAGUGGCCCUGAGAAUUCCGUAGUCCUCAGAGCUGCCACUGGUUCUGAGCUCAAAAAGUCUGGCUUCAUCACUAUUGGCUAUAGAGGCUCCUAUACUCUGGGCAGGGACAUCCAGACAGAUGCCAAAUUCCGCCGUGUGGCCAGAAUCAUGGUGUGUGGUAAGAUUUCAUUAGCCAAAGAAGUGUUCGGAGACACUCUGAAUGAGAGCAGAGAUCCAGACCGCCCUCCUGAGCGAUAUACUUCUCGAUACUACCUUAAAUUCACUUUUCUGGAACAAGCCUUCGACAAACUAGCUGAUGCUGGCUUCCAUAUGGUAGCAUGCAACUCCACUGGCACCUGUACCGCCACACACGACCAAACAGAUGACAGGAUCUGGACCUCUUACACUGAAUAUGUUUUCUAUCGGGAGUGACCAUCAAAAUCAUCCAGGAAAUAAAAGCCCCCAAAGUUUCCCUCCUCUGAUCCCGUACCAACUGCAUCCUGUAGAAAUAGAUACACUGAUCACUCUAGGCUCUUGAGUGUUCUGUAUAAUCUUGGACAAUGCCACGUCUCUCAUCAUAACCACUUGGACUUUUCAUUCUUAUGAGUCAUUCCAGUCUAUCUGCAUACCGACCUUCUCUGCACUGUGGAGCGGAUGCCAUUUAAUGAAAGCUGUGCAUCAAUAUAGAGAGUAGAGGUAUAUAUUUCUGGAGCGAAUGCAGUUAAAUAUAACCACGGAAUUAAAACUGCUGAGAAAUAGUAAGCCAUGGCUUCCAAGUUGUUUCUUAGUAACGCACAUUGAACUUGACUAUGUACCUUGCUGUGUGUAUUCACUUAGAUGAAACUCUGCAUCGCUAAGCAACAGAUUACAGUAGGAAGCGUGUACGUGCUUUGCAGACAUCUUACCCUGCUGAGGAGAAGAACUUGACAGCAGUCCUCCAGGAGGUUCAUAGAAAGGCCGAGCAAUUCCAGAAUGACUGAGGACUUCUAAUAGAUGCUAGACAAACAAUUGUACGACUAUUAUUCCUAAGAAUAAAAGGCUUAGUACUUAAUUUGAUUUCACAAGAAGAAGAUAGUAAGGAGGUGUAUCAUAGCUAUUACCUCUGUCAUAAGCAGCAGUGCCAUUAAAAAAAAAGCUGUCUUAAAAUAUCUUUCAUUAGAAUUAAAUGCAAGCAGGGAAGAGAAUGAUGGGCAAAAGGUUGCUUUGUGUAAGUAUAUGCAUGCAUUCAUUAGUUGACUUUCACUAGUCUAAUAAUUGGCUGUGCCUGUCAAUUGUUAGCUUGUUUACGUUUUUUCACAGGGUGUGGGUCUGUGUUUUGUUUUCCUGGAGGUGGGGAUGGGAGAAGGGGAGAACAAAGGGAAAACAAGAAAAGAACUUUUAAGAAAAGCACAAAAACAAAACCCUGAAAUUCAUCUUCUGCCCCCUUGGUGAUGACUUUUUAAGCAAACAGGUUGAAAGUAGGUGUUCCUUCUCAUAUGAAAACAUCCGGGAUCUCAGAUAAGUGACUGAAUGAAAGGAUUAUGAACCAAGUUAAGAGUUUUCUUGGGUUCAUUUCAGAGGAUCUCCAUCACCUUUUGAAAAGUUUUCCAGCAACUGCAGUCGGCUGGCCUUGUGUGUCCACUACUCCACACACGCUACUGCUACUCCGCGCACGCUACUCUGCACACACGCAGUUUCCUCCACAAACAUUUAUUGUUGUCAAGGUCUUUUAACUCUUUUUCUAGUCAGGCCUUUCUGAGUUGCAAAGAGCUAAAAACCACAUAAAGUGGCUUGAAGAAGAUUUAAAAGGAGGCUGGAGAGAUGACUCAGCUGUUAAGAGCACUGGCUGCUCUUCCACAGGACCCAGGUUCUAUUCCCAGCACCCACAUGGCAGCUCACAAUUGUAUAUAAGUCCAGUCCAGGGAUCUGACAUCCACACACAGACAUACAUGCAGACAAAAGACCAAUGCACAUG